CACAUAUGGCGAACGAAACGACAAAGUUGAGCGAAGUGUCGCCUCUGUCGGUCUGUUGGCUUUCUUGUCGGUCUUCAACUUCAACAAAAAAAAAAAUCAAUUUUCCGCAACAAAAAUUAAAUUAAAUUCAUCUCUCAGAAAACCACCCAAAAAAAUCAAUUAAAUAAAAAAAAAAUAAAUUAACAUCUUUAACGAGUUGAAAAUCAAGUGAAGUGAAAACUAAAGUGCAAAGUGAUAAUUCAAUAAACGAAGAAAAAAAAAAAACCAACAAGAGAAAAAGAAAGAAAAAAAAAUACUUUUCUUAUAUAUUUUUUUGCACUACGGGUGGUGCAAUAAAAAAAAUACAUAAAUAAUGUACCAAUAGAAUAAAACUUCCAAUAGAAAAUAUAAGAAAAAUUAGAAUCAAAAAAGGAUUUAAUUGUAGUGUUUUUUUGUUGUUGUUGCUUUCUUCGGGUUUUUUUUUUUGCAGAUUUUUUUUAAGGGCUGGGGCCGUCACUUUUCUAGUCGUCGAAGCCGAAGAAGACUUUUUCAUGAAUUUCUCCGAAAUGAUUUUCCAUGGAUUGUAUAUGCAAGUCUUCACAUCAUCAACAUCAUCAUCAUCAUCAUCAUUUGCAUCUGCAUCAUCGUCGUCGACCACUUUUAUUGAAACCUAAGCACAUCAAAUCCAGAGGCAAAGUUUUAAUCAACAUAACAAUUAUUUACUCUUGUCUCGCAGCAAUCGGCCAUGAAUGCUAUCCAAUAGGGAUUUUACAACAACAACAAUAAAGGAUUGAAAAAAUAAGAGAAAAAAAUAAAUUCCACAAAACUAAAAAAAAAGUACAGUGUACUUUUCCAAGAGGGCGGAAGCUGCUUUUCAUAUACAAAAAAAAAGCAACAACCACCAAAGUAGAAAAAGCAAAAAAAAAUCUAACCCCAACUUUUUCUAUAGCUGGAAUGUUGGAGCAUCCCCAACGAUUUGCACGCAAUAUCCCCGAUUCCUCCUCAACAGCAGCAAUAACGAAUUCAAACGUUCCAGCAGCGCUAACAAAUCGCAAUCACUAUUUGCCAAGUGGCGGUGCUGGUGUAACUGGUUCAUGGCAUCAGCAACAGCAGCACUCUCAAGCAUCUACACCAGCAUCUACACAAUAUCAGCCCUCAGCGUAUCAGCAACAAAACUAUCCAGUGCCACCGCCACCCGGCUCUCCGGCACCACACCAUCACCAGCAACAGCAUCACCAUCGUAACUUAUCGUCCGCGUCCAAUUGUAGCACGCACAAAAGUGUCACAUUCAGCAGCAAUACAAAUUCGAAUUCGAACGGAGGCGAUUGCAUUGGUGGUGGCAACCUCGGCUGUGGUUCACAAUCGAUGGCGGGCAACAUGAAACACGGAAAAUCACAGGAAGACGUUUGCUACGUAGUAGCCAAAUACGAUUAUGGAGCUCAAGGAGCACAAGAAUUAGACUUAAGGAAAAAUGAACGCUACCUGCUAUUGGAUGAUUCCAAACAUUGGUGGCGGGUGCAAAAUAAUAGAAAUCAAUCUGGCUAUGUCCCUAGUAAUUAUGUGAAAAAGGAAAAACCAUCGCUAUUUGAUAGCAUAAAGAAAAAAGUGAAAAAAGGUUCCGGCUCAAAAACUCUUCCUAAUUGUUCGCCCUCACGACAAAUCGAAAGUCCAACAAUGUCAAGAAGACUACCACCCGAUCCAUCAGAGGCUAUUGGCACGGCAAUUGUUAAAUACAAUUAUCAAGCGCAACAGGCUGACGAACUGUCAUUGACAAAGGGUACACGAAUUUUGAUUUUGGAAAAAUCUAACGAUGGAUGGUGGCGAGGACAGAGUGGCAAUGCAGUUGGAUGGUUUCCCAGUAAUUAUACAACCGAAGAUUGUGAUAAUGAUGGUGAAAUACAUACGUACGCGAUGGCUGAGAAUGUUCUUGAUAUUGUGGUUGCUCUCUAUAGUUUUACAUCAAAUAACGAUCAAGAAUUAUCAUUUGAAAAAGGCGAUCGUUUAGAAAUUGUCGAUCGACCGUCUUCCGAUCCCGAUUGGUAUAAAGCACGCAACAAUGCUGGUCAAAUUGGUUUAGUUCCACGCAAUUAUUUACAAGAGCUUAGUGAUUAUUUAGCUACGCCGUAUCGUGGUAAUAAUGGUGCUGGUGGCGGUAGUAGCGGCGGUGAUUCAAUUGAUCGACGAAAUGAUGGUAUGCCUAAUAAUAUGCCGCCACAAUCAUCACCGCCAAUGCCACCAAUGGAACGACCCAAUUUAGCUGGUAAAUCUUGGUACUAUGGCGCUAUAACGCGCAGUCAAUGUGACACUGUAUUAAAUCAACAUGGUCAUGAUGGCGAUUUCCUUAUACGAGAUAGCGAGACUAAUAUGGGUGACUAUUCGGUUUCCCUUAAAGCGCCAGGCCGUAACAAACACUUUCGUGUGCAUGUUGAAAAUGGCAUGUAUUGUAUUGGUCAGCGUAAAUUCCACACCCUAGACCAAUUAGUCGAUCACUACCAAAGAGCACCCAUCUACACAAACAAGCAAGGAGAAAAACUUUAUCUAGUACGGCCAUUGCCUAAAGCUAAUGGAACGUAAACUUAAAAAAAAUAAUGAUAAAGAUGAACGAGUAAAAAAUAAAUAAAAAAAAAAUUAUCCACAUCAAACUAAUUACCACAUAAUAUCUAAUUAUAAAUUACAACAAUGAACAAGAAAAAAAAGUAAGGAAAACAAAAAAAACGUAUUUCAUUCUCGCGAACUCUCUAUUUCUCUCUGUCGUCUCUCUAUCUUUAUCCUCCCUUCUUUUUUUUUUGUCUAAGUAUAAAGAUCACCCACUCAUCAUCGUCGUCGUCGUCACCACGAAAAAUGGCCAUCAAUCCUCAACAAAAAAAAAACAAGAAACCAGAAAAUACUAGAACAUACACAUUUUAUUUUAGAAAAUAAUAAUUUAAUUUAUAUUUUAGUAUAAGGACUUAUUUUUAAUUAAAAUAAUUAAUUUCGUGAACAAAAUAUUAAUUCUCAAACAUUUAAAUUUAAGACUUAAGUUGUGGAAGAGCGCUGUGCUGUAUAAAUGUAACGUGAAAGUAAUCUCUUUAAGAAAGAAAAAAAAAACAUAGAAAACAUAGAAAAAACAUCGACAAAUUGAGAGUAGUAGUGAUGAAUUUGAAGAAGAAUCCUUCCCCCCCUUAAAUCAGAGUGAAAUACAAAUUUUAUUUUAUUUCUCAUCGCCCCCUUCCUUUCCCCAUUAAUUCGUAGUGUGAUCUUUUAUACAUAUAUAAAUAAUAUACAAUUAUUCGUAAAAAUAAAUCGAACAGCGGGAAGAAGUGAAAUAAAAAAAAAACACAUAAACAACACAUUAUACUCUAAUGCAAAGUAAAUAAUAUUUUUGUAAAUUUUUUGCUAAUACAAAUUGCUUUACAUUUCAAUUAGGAACAAAAACAAAAAAUUAUAAAUAUCA